AUGGCGAACGAGCGCAAUCGCAGCAUUGUGAGGAAUUAUAUCUGCUAUAAACUCUCUAAACGCGGCUACGCGUGGGGCUUCGGAGCCGCCGGGGAGGAUGAGGAGGACGAUGCGGCUUCUGCUGCUGCUAAUAACGGCGUAGUGGUCGCCCCCUCGCCGACUUUGGUGCUCCGGUGCCGCCGAGCCAGCUCCGGGCCCGACCGCGACUGCAGCCCCAAGCGGAGCUCCGGUCCCGACCCGCUCGCCGACAUCCACAGGGUCCUGCGGGAGGCUGGCGACGAACUCGAGAGACUUUACCAGCCGGACUUUAGCGAGAUGUCGCGGCAGUUGUACCUUUCGUCCACCACGGCUCAGCGUCGGUUCGCUGAGGUGAUCGACGAACUAUUCCGGGACGGCGUCAACUGGGGCCGUAUCAUCGCCUUCUUUGAGUUCGGCGGCACAGUGUGCGUGGAGUGCGCCACCAAGGAGGACAUGACGUCGCAGGUGGACCACAUUGCCGAGUGGAUGACUGAGUACUUAAACGGACCUCUCAGCAGCUGGAUCCAAGAGAACGGGGGCUGGGACGCUUUUGUGGAGCUGUACGACCGUCAGCGGGACUCGCUCUUCAGCUGCUCGUGGCCGUCCAUCAAGACCGUCUUUGGGCUCGCUGCACUCGGGGCCGCCAGCCUCACCAUCGGGGCGUACCUCACGCAAAAGUGA